GCACAAGUUAAACUUUACUCAUUUUUUGUCACGUCGCUGGACACGCCCACAUCAUAACUCCCAACGAAAAUGAGCGACUUUCCAGAUAACAGAUUUUUGUUAUAAAAACGUUUCUCCAAAUGUUCAUUUUGGUUCUGCGAAAGUAAAAAUGUCCAGUUUUCUUGAUGUUAGAGGAACGUGUUUUAAAAGGUAUGAUGCUCCUCAAACGUUCUUUCAACUUAAUUUUGAUUUAAAAUUCAACAGACCAACAUCAAGUGACCACAUCAAAUUGACUGCCCUCUACAGGACAAACUUAAACUACAUUACCCUUUAUUCAUCCAAAUGUUUCCUCAUCUGCUACAUCUUUGGUGCAUGUGAGCUUCAAGAGCUGGUACUUCCGGGGCUACUAGUCAGUCAGAGAAAUACCAUUUGGGAUAGAUGGGAGAACUAAUGCUGUAUUCCAGGUAUUAUAUAGACCCUUUCGGGAUAUUAACAAUUCAAAAACCACCACAAGUCUGUUUAUAACUAGAGAUGUCAUAGUAACAGGUCUGUAACAUCAACACUCGUCUAUUCAUCGCUCACAAUGGUCACAUGAUCACAGUCAACACUAGAGAGGGGCUGCUGGGAAGUUUUGUUUUCUCACCUCUUGCUACAGAGGAAACUGUAUUUAUGGCCAUAUUAAGAGUUUCAUGAGACACCAGAAAGCACACAAGAUCACUGUCAGAAUAAAAACAUUUGAAGAUAUCAUAUGAUGAGAACCUUUAGAUAUAAAGAUGCAAGUUUAAUAUUCCGUUACUCUAUUAAUUACUUUUAUUUUGUUAUUUUAGUCUAAUGUCAUCUCUGAUGUUGCUUUAUUUAGACCUUGCUAUGUGAGCACUGGCUGAAGAGUCAUAUCCUCAUGUUAAAUAUAAAGUGUUUGACCACAUAAAAUCCCCACUGCUGGUGUCACUCUAUUCAUUUGUUCUGUUGUCUCUGGUCAUGAGUGUUCGUGAAACAGGCUCACUAUUGGCUGAUUCAGAGAUUAAGGGCGGCCAUUUUGAGUUGACAUCAUUGUAGUCCUUAGUUCACAACACUUAAGUCAGCACUGUUAAUGGCUCCUCCUCUUCCUCUGGUGUUUCUGCUCAUGAUUCACGUGUGUGUUUCAGGGGUUUCUAGUGCUGAUUGGGGUGUGAGUUACAGUCCUUCACACAUCUGUGCACUAAAGGACUCAUCAGUGAUAAUGAGAUGCACUUAUACAUACCCUACUGGAUAUAAGAUCAAGAAAGUGUUCUGGACCAAAACACUGGUAAAACAUAAUGGAGAGCAUCCAGAUCUGUCUGAGGACCCUGAAUACAGUCAGAGGCUUCAGUAUCUGGGAGAUAAACAGAAGAACUGCACCAUUAGACUGAGUCAUGUGACACUGAAGGAUUCACACAAGUACUAUUUCAAAUUCAACACUGAUAAAGACAAAUGGAUUGGUUAUCCAGGAGUGACUCUUACUGUCACAGAUCUUCAGGUGGAGUCUCCUGAGAGAGUGACAGAGGGAGAUUCAGUCCGUCUGACAUGUAAAAGCAGCUGCACUCUGACUGACAGAGCAACAUUCAUCUGGUACAGAAACUCACAGCCAUUAACUGAGAGAAGAGACAGAAACAAUGAACUCCUGCUGCAGUCAGUCAGAAGAGAGGAUGCAGGCAGAUAUAGCUGUGCUGUACACGGACACAAUCACAUCUCUCCUGCUGUUCAGCUCAAUGUCAUGUUUCAUCAUGGUGCUGGUAGGAAUGUGAUUGUGAUCGCAGCAGCAUAUGGAGGAUUAUUUUUCGUCAUUGUCGUCAUCAUCAUCAUCAUCAUCAUAAUGAUAAUUCAGAGGAAAAUGAAGAGCAGAAGAUCUGCACUACAUAAGUAUGAGAACGAUGAUCCCAGUGCAGACACAUAUACAGCUCUUGAACUCAGGUCCAGAUCUUCUGACCUCUACGACACACUCACCACUAUCCAUCCCAGACCUGCUGAUCACCAGUCGAGCUCUUCUGAAUAUGAGAAUUAGUCACCACACAGCAAGAAUCCACGGUAAAAUGAAGCACGAGUUAAACUUUACUCAUUUUUGGUCACGUCGCUGGACACGCCCACAUCAUAACUCCCAACGAAAAUGAGCGACUUUCCAGAUAACAGAUUUGUGUUAUAAAAACGUUUCUCCAAAUGUUCAUUUUGGUUCUGUGAAAGUAAAAUGUCAAGUUUUCUUGAUGUUAGAGGAACGUGUUUUAAAAGGUAUGAUGCUCCUCAAACGUUCUUUCAACUUAAUUUUGAUUUAAAAUUCAACAGACCAACAUCAAGUGACCACAUUGAAGUGACUGCCCUCUACAGGACAAACAUAAACUACAUUACCCUUUAUUCAUCCAAAUGUUUCCUCAUCUGCUACAUCUUUGGUGCAUGUGAGCUUUAAGAGCUGGUACUUCCGGGGCUACUAAUCAGUCAGAGAAAUACCAUUUGGGAUAAAUGGGAAAACCAAUGCUGUAUUCCAGGUAUUAUAUAGACCCUUUCGGGAUAUUAACAAUUCAAAAACCAGCACAAGUCUGUUUAUAACUAGAGAUGUCAUAGUAGCAGGUCUGUAACAUCAACACUCGUCUGUUCCUCGCUCACAAUGGUCACAUAAUCACAGUCAACUCUAGAGAGGGGCUGCUGUGAAGUUUUGUUUUCUCACCUCUCUCGCUACAGAGGAAACUGUAUUUAUGGCCAUAUUAAGAGUUUCAUGAGACACCAGAAAGCACACAAGAUCACUGUCAGAAUAAAAAUAUUUGAAGAUAUCAUAUGAUGAGAACCUUUAGAUAUAAAGAUGCAAGUUCAAUAUUCAGUUACUCUAUUAAUUCAUUUUAUUUUGUUACUUUAGUCUAAUGUCAUCUCUGAUGUUGGUUGCCCUGUUGCCUUAUUUACACCUUGCUAUGUGAGCACUGGGUGAAAGUGUCAUAUCAUGUUAAAUAUAAAGUGUUGAGCACAUAAAAUCCCCA